AUCAUUUUUAACCAUAUCCACAUCUUCACAGCAUUGGUCCCGUAUUACCACUGAGAAACAACCCCACCCCGGCUUCGAUAACAUGGCUGGGCAGAAGAAGCAGAAGGAUUGGGAGAACGAGGUGCGCUCAUGGGGCUUCUCGCAUGUGUUCACAUGGACUGAUGGGCCGAACGCUCACUACAGCCCACACUCCCACGCCGGCUUGACGACACACCUCAUCCUUAGGGGUGAACUUACCAUCACUUACCCAAAGGACGAGCAGCCAACCAAGCAGACUUUUUUUGUCGGCGACCGGAUCGAUGUUGACGCGGGUCGGGUUCAUGAGGUGUGGAUGGGCAAGGAGGGGUGUACGUAUGUUAUUGGGGAGUGAACAUACUAUUCCUUUGAAGUGGUGAACUGUGCUGCCCCUGUUUUGUGACUAGCUCUAUUCUUGUUUGGAGUCAGAGCUACUGUUCAUCUAUAUCGAGAGUAUAGGAAGGAGGUCUGAACAGAGCAAGGGACCUGGGACGACCACGUACAGCUGGCAAAGGCCGCCCGUCCGAUGUGAACAAUAUGGUGACGUCUUUGAUGCUAUAGAAAUGAAUCAU